UAAGUUGAGCCUCGUGAUGGGAGGAGAGUCAUUCAGUCAGGUGAGAGAAGAGGAGAAGAGAAGAGGUUAAGGAGACCUGUAUCCUCUCUGCAGAAUUCCGAUCAGGGUUUGAUGACACUGUGUCUGGAACCAUGUUGUCGUUUGAAGAAGCUAAAAUGAAAUUGGAGUCUGUGGGUCAGAGCCACGUCCUGCGGUUCUGGUCCGAGCUUUCGGCUGAGGAGAGGGGCGGGUUUCUGGCCGAUCUGUCUCAGCUGGAGCCCGCAGAGCUGCAGAGACACUGCCGGAGCGCCGCCGAGGCCGCACGCCGAACCUCGGGUGAGGAGGAGCGGCUGUGCGGGCGCAUGGAGCCGGUCGAACCCGAGUUCAUCGGCGGGGUGCGAAGAAGUGAUCCGGGCUCACUGCAGGAGUGGGAGGAGGAAGGUUUUUCACAGAUAGCCCAAAACAAAGUGGCCGUGCUGCUGUUAGCUGGAGGGCAAGGAACCAGACUCGGAGUUCCCUACCCUAAAGGAAUGUAUGACGUCGGGUUACCGAGUGGCAAAACUUUGUAUCAGAUCCAAGCAGAGCGAAUUCAGAAGGUGCAAGAGCUGGCGAGCAAGAAAUGUGGUUCCAAGUGUACAGUGCCUUGGUAUAUAAUGACCAGUGAAUUCACCCUGGGGCCCACAGAGAAGUUCUUCAAAGAGAACCGCUACUUUGACCUGGACCCUUCCAAUGUGGUGAUGUUUGAGCAGAGGAUGAUCCCAGCUGUCAGCUUUGAUGGGAAGAUUAUUCUGGAAAAGAAGAAUAAGAUAGCCAUGGCUCCAGAUGGGAACGGAGGCCUUUACCGUGCCCUUGUAGACAACAAGGUCUUGGAGGAUAUGGAGAUAAGGGGGGUGCAAUAUCUUCAUGUUUACUGUGUUGAUAAUAUCCUGGUUAAACUGGCUGAUCCACUGUUCGUUGGUUUCUGUGUGAAGAAAGGUGCUGACUGUGGUGCUAAGGUGGUAGAGAAGGCGUAUGCAUCCGAGCCAGUGGGUGUGGUAUGUCGUGUAGAUGGUGUGUACCAGGUGGUGGAAUACAGUGAGCUAGAGCCCGAGAUAGCAGAGCAGCGCGACCCUGGGGGCGAGCUCGUGUACAACGCUGGAAACAUCUGCAAUCACUUCUUCACCAGAGACUUCCUAUGGGAGGUGGCCCUGAAUUUUCAGGAGCAAUUAAAGCAACACGUAGCCAUCAAGAAAGUGCCCUUUGUGGAUGACGACGGUAAUCCUGUUAAACCUACAAAACCAAAUGGAAUAAAAAUGGAGAAGUUUGUCUUUGACGUCUUCCAGUUUUCAAAGAAAUUUGUUGCCUUUGAGGUUUUGAGGGAGGAUGAGUUCUCUCCAUUGAAAAAUGCAGAUGGUGCGCCCGUUGACACUCCAACCACAGUGAGGCGCUCUUUGUUGGCUCAGCACUAUCGCUGGGCGUUGCAAGCCGAGGCCGUCUUCCUGGAUGAGCAUAACAAGCCCAUCACUUCAGAAUACAGGACGGCUCAGGAUGGUGAUCCUCCAGCAGUGUGUGAAAUUUCUCCACUUGUGUCUUAUUUUGGAGAGGGCCUGGAGACGCUGCUCAAACACCGAAACCUGAAAUCCCCUUUUCUGCUUAAUGACAUGAGCUAAAGUCACAGUUUAGAUUAUUUUCCGAAUUAUUUUUAUAUUCAUUCAGAUGACUUUGGAAUAAGGGAACUGAAACAAAACACUGUUGAAAUAAGGGAGAUUAAUUAGUGUGUGUGUUUACAUGCAUUAUUACAAUUCUGACAUUUGAGAAAUAUCCUUUAAGGAAAAUCAACUGGAAGCAAAGCAGUAUGACUUUAAUAAACGAUCUGUUAUGCAUCAA